AGCAGCCUCAGUUUCAGCAGCAGCCUCAACAGCAGCCGCAGCCUCAAGUGGUACAAACCGGGAACCGGAUGGUGGUGGUUCAGCCGCAUCCCACUGAUUGCCCUGGACAGAUGCUGUGCCCCCACUGCCAGAACACUGUAGUGACGAAGACCGAGCACAAAGUGGGGAUGCAAACCUGGCUCAUCUUUGGUGUGCUGGGAAUCAUCGGAUGCUGGCCCUGCUGCCUCAUCCCCUUCUGCGUUAAUUCCUGCAAAGACGUGCAGCACUCCUGUCCCUCCUGCAACAACGUGCUGCAUGUGCACAAACGCAUGUGAUGACCUGAAUGCCUUGCAGUCUAAAUCCAACCAGCUUCUCUCUAUUUUGUACAUUAACCUAUUCUUCUCUUUGUCUGAUGUGCAAUCAAGUUGUGAACCUGAAAUGUAAAAAUUUGAGAAAAUAAUCAAAACAGCCUCUUUUCAUGUAAUGAUUGCUCUCCUCCUGUACAGUAAACAUCAGCUGCAGUUGAA